UUGGUUGCAUACACUCCCGGUACGGGAUCGAGCCAAGGCUGAAUUCUGUCAACAGUGUCAACCUCAUCUUGAAUAAAAGUCUUUUUUUAAUACCGCGUCGAAUCGAUAUAAUUCAGUAUAUUAUAAUUUUCCAAGCUUCGACUACAUUGUGCCGAAAUGGGCGACGAACCGGUCAUAGCCACAAACGACGAUGCCAGCGAGUGUAAAAGAGGGGCCGUCCAGCUAGGCUAUUGGAGCGACGACUACAUAUCGUACUUCGUGAAACACACCGAAAAAAGGGCUCCAGAAAUAAACAGAGGCUACUAUGCCAGAGUGAAAGGCAUCGAGAACUUCGUCCAAAAGUUCAUCAAUAAAGCGGGCAGCGCGGCACAAAUCCUCAAUUUCGGCUCGGGCUUCGACACCCUGUACUGGAGGCUGAAAGAUGAGGGGGUGCAGAUAGCGAACUACGUCGAAAUAGACUUUCCCACUGUGACUGCGAGGAAGUGCUACAUGAUCAGACGCAACAAGCCCCUCUUGGAGAGAAUCCACGAUCAGGACGGGGAGGUUAAGCUGAGCCCCACUGACUUGCACGCAGGCAACUACCACUGCAUCGGGGCUGACAUACGAAACAUCUCUCAGCUCGAGGUCAAACUACAGCAGGCCGAGGUUAGGUUCAACGUGCCUACUUUAUUUAUCGCGGAGUGCGUUCUGGUGUACAUCGAGAAUGAGUGCGUGAACAGGCUGCUGUCGUGGAUCUCGUCGCGGUUCAGAUCGGGACUGUUCGUCAACUACGAAAUGUGCAACAUGAACGAUACUUUCAGUGACGUCAUGCUGGGGAACCUACGAGCGAGGGGAUGCAACUUAGCUGGCAUUACGCACUGCAAGAGUCUGGAGAUGCAGAAGACGAGGUUCCUAAACAAUGGGUGGUCAGGGUCACGCAGCUGGGACAUGGUGGAGGUGUACUACGCCAUCAACAGUACCGAGAGGCAUAGGAUAGAGAAGAUCGAGUUUCUAGACGAACAGGAGCUGUUGAUUCAGCUGUUCCAGCACUACUGCAUUUGUAUUGGAUGGCUCGGAACGGAGUUCUCCGAGUUGAAUUGUACUGAGGAUUAGUUUUAUCAAUUUUUUUUGUGGAUUUGAUUUCAAGAACCUGUGAUACCAAAAUGUAUUUUAAACAUGAAAUAAAUGUAUCUUUGUUAUGUGUGAGAUUGAAAUGUCUUUUUCUGAUGUUGUAAUACCAUCUUUCUGACCAAAUUUGAGAGUCUAUUAAAUACCAUUUGUUUUGAAA